UGUCUGGCCUCAGUGCAAAUGGCCUGUCUGCUUGGGCUGAGAAGGCAGGGUGGGCUGGAGUUCUGGGCUCUCGAGCCAAGGAGAGUGGCUUUGAAAACCAUCCAGAGGAGGGCCACGAGACCUGAGGCUCCUGGAAGUAGGACCAGCUGCAGGGGGAGAGGUGACAUUCAAAGCAGCCAGACAUCCCUCUUGGAUUCAAGGGGGCUCAGGAAGCUGGGCAUGUCCUUGCCCUCCCUAGAAGAUGGUAAGCCUGUGUCCUGUGGGUCACCCACCUGAAGACUGUCUACUGGUACGGGGAAGUCACAGCCAGCGGGGCGGCAUUCCAGCCUGAGACUCUGGGAGGUGGAGAAAGCCACACAGAUCAGUCAGUUGGAUCAUAUAGCCAAGAGCUGACUGUUUACGAUGAACUACACCACAUGGGAGACCCGAUCAUUACUGCUGUCCUACUAUGUCCCAGGACCUGGCCUCUGGUGGCCCUCGCAGGCCCCUCCCCCACCAUCUUCCACUGUGUGAAGCAUGAUGACAAAAUGACAAAAACAUUCUCAAGGAAACGAGCUGCCCCGCUCACGGAGGCCACCCCGCCCAGGCCUCCACGCCAUGAACAGCACCCCGAGGGAUGCCCAGGCCCCCAGCUACCGUGAGUGCCUCCUGCCUUCCAUGGCCCGGACCCCCUCUGUCACCCAGGUCACUCCAGCCAAGAAGAUAACUUUCCUCAAGCGAGGGGAUCCCCAAUUUUCUGGGGUUCGUCUAGCUGUCCACCAACGCACCUUCAAGAGCUUCGGGACACUGAUGGAUGAGCUCUCCCAACGCGUGCCUCUCUCCUUCGGGGUACGCUCUGUCACCACGCCCCGGGGCCUGCACGGCCUCAGUGCCCUGGAGCAGCUGGAGGAUGGUGGGUGCUACCUCUGUUCCGAUAAGAAGCCCCCUAAGACCUCCAGCGGGCCAGGCCGGCCACAAGGGGGACGCCCCUCUACUCAGCAGUCUCGAGAUGUUGAAGGCCAGGGCGAGGCCCCAGGGAUAUCCUCUUCCAGGAAGAAUCCUAAAGCCCCAAAGAAGAUAAUGCUGGUUAAGAAUGGGGACCCUCGAUUCCAGCAGACAGUGGUGCUCAGUCAUAGAAACACCAGGAGCCUGUCGGCCUUUCUCAGCAAAGCCUCGGACCUUCUGCACUUUCCUGUGCGGCAGGUGUACACAACCAGCGGGAAAAAGGUGGACUCUCUGAAGGCUCUGCUGCACAGCCCCCCGGUGCUGGUGUGUGCUGGUCCUGAGUCCUUCAGACCUCUAGCAACAGAAGGUGUGAGAAGUGGGACUGAGACCUUAUCGGGGCAGACUUCACGGAGCAAAAAUGGGAGCUGGGGCCCAAAGGCCAGGCAGAGUGUGAUCCACUCGAGAUCCAGGUCGGGCAGCGGGCCUCGGCAGUUUCCCUCGCUGUUGGAAGGGUCUGGCCUCAGCGGUCCCCGGGUGUCCCUGCACCAUGCCUGGAUGGGUCCUGAUCCUGACACACACCCUCAGGACACGCCUGCCCAGCUCGGCCCGCUGGUGGCCAGUGAUGACGUUGAGAAGAAAGUGCACGUGAAUGAGGACGGCAGCCUGUCUGUGGAGAUGAAAGUCCGCUUCCACCUACUGGGCAACGACAUGCUCCUGUGGUCCAGGAGGGUCAGCAGGGCCGGUGCCCUCACAGCAGCCAGUGGGGAAGGCCACCCUGGGGGCUCCUCAGAGCCUGGGACACAAGCACUGGGGACCCAAGAGGCAGCAUGCAAGGAAGCCGUCGAACGAGGCAGGUGGCAGCCAGGGUCCAGAUAUGAGAUCUGGAUGAACCCCCUGUACGCCGCCCAGGGAGAGGGGACAGCAGCUCAGAGUAGGGCCAGGCCAGCCCCCCAUGCCCAUUCCAGGGGCCGCUGGAGCCGAGGGGUUGCUGGCAGGAAAAGCAGCAGCAAGGAGAGUGUCAGCCCUGCCUCCAGUGACAGACCCCCCGAAGGCUCAGAGCCAAACUCCUCCUGCUGCUCCCGGUCCCCAGAGGGCAGCACGGGCAGCUGCGACCUGCAUCUGUCCUCCAGGGCCACCUCCCAGAAAGGACCAGGACAGGCAGCUGGUGGUACUCCCCAGGCCGGUGGGGGCCCAGGUCCAGAGGGAGGAGGGCUGGGCAGCAGGGACCCCCGCUGCCUGAAACCCAGGACCCAGCGUGUGACAGGCGCUCUCUCUGACUCCUCAGCCAGUGCCGGGUCUCAUGAGGAGUCCAGUGAAAGGGGUGAGCGGCACCAGGGCCGCCGCAGCAAGACCAGGGCCAUGACUUCCCCACGGAAGGCCACCCGUGCGGGAGGCCCCUGUUCCUCCACCAUGAACCUCUCAUCUUUGGGGAAUGAGGACCCAUGGGCGGAGGGGAACAUACCAGGCCCCGGGCACAUGCAGGCCAGGGAUGCAUGUGGGACGAGACAGCCCCUGGCUUCAGGUUGUUUCGGCUCUAGUGAUAUUGCAGAAGGUUGUUCCCUGUCUUCUCCCCGCAUCUCAGCCACAGACAGGAGAAGAAAGCAGGAGAGCAGAGCUAGUGCUGUGGCCUCACCCAGCAUUUCUGGGCUUGGCCGCGGGCCCCAGAGAGGCCACCUCAGACAGCACGGCAGCCGAAGGGACACCCACUGCCCACUCGACUCACCUGUGUGCAGGCAAACACAGGGGCCUCCCAGUGCAGGCAGGGGCUUCCCAGCCAGCCCAGCACCACGCUUUCCGGGAAGCUCAUCUAGCGCCAGAAACCCAGGGUCCCAGAACCCAGAGCUUCCCCGCUCUCCCUCUCUUCAUUCCCAGGAUGCACAGGGGGUCGGCAGUGCCCCCCUCACUGCUGUGAGCGAUUCAGACUGCGCUCUGGACCUCUGCCCUGCCCACUCUCCCUUUACUGAGACAAAAGGGAACCCUGAGUUCAGGGCGCACUCGCCUUGCAAUUCAUGGGACUCUCUCAGCUCCCAAGCCAACGCCCAGGGUGAAAAUGUGGGGGGUGAUGUCCCCAAGCCCUCCCGGCUUUCGCCUCUGCCAGUUGGACAGCACAAGGUGGGGAAGUCAAGGUCCCAGCAAGAGGGCUGCUACUCAGAAACGGGCAUAUCUGGGGUCUGCAGGACCCCCUGCGUGGAGAUGCACGCCCAGCCUCAGGGCAGCCCGGAGCCCGUCUCUGAGGCCCUCCCGGUGUGCAGCAGGCACUGUCCCACUCCCCCCAGGGCGCAGUCCUCUGUCAAAAAACAUGGUCUCCCACAUAGCAGCAACAGAGACCACAGCGCAGCUUCAGGGCCAGCGGGCACCGCCCUGGGAGAGGAGCAGCUUGAUGCGCAGUGCCCACGCCCCCCCGGCUCUCAGUCAGGGGGCCCUCGUAGAGCAGUCAGGGCAGCGAGAAGGGGCAGCCUGGGUGCCAGGCCCGGGAGGAUGUGCCAGGGUCAGGCUGCUGGUGGAGGGGACGGUCUGGAGGAGCAAGAGGACAAGGACAGUGUGACACUGGGUGCCCUGCCCCGAGCCUCUCCAGAAGCUGUGGUCCGUGAGUGGCUGAGCAACAUCCCGGAGGAGCCCGAGCCUGUGAAGUAUGAGACAGUGGAUGACAGGCUGGAUAUGGCUAGGGACGGCCUCGCAGACAGACAUUCCCCCAAAAGCCUGGAGGAGCCAACUCAGGCCAGACACCCAUCCCUGGAAAGGGCAACCAGUGAGAAAGCAGAACCAGAGGGACCCCUCCCAGUGACUGGUGAUGCUGGUCCCCAGCCAGGAGAGGGUCUUCCUCACAGCGGAGUUUCAGAAGCCCCCGUGGAGGCCAGAGCAGGUGAAGUGGCAGCUGGGGACUGUGCUGUGGGCCAGCGUGUGCUUCCCCACAGGGUCUCUGCCUCUGUACAGGUCAUGAAAGCGCUGCUGGGCUCCAGGCAGGGCCAGGCCGGCAGCCUGCCUGAAGUGUCGGGCUCGGCGGGCAGAAGGCUCAGCCACUCCGCCCAGGCCCUCAUCAUGUGUCUCACCAAGCUCCACUUCUUCGAUGAAGAUCUUGGGUCUUCCACCAGCAAAGUGAGGUUCGCAGACUCUCCUCGGUACAAGGAGCUCCUGAGCACCUUCCAGGCCUUGUGGCCCAGGUGUGGCCUCAGGCCAGGUGAGCAGGACUCAGGCCUCCGGGAGUUCAGCAGGUGCCAGGCUCUGCCAGGCCUCAGGUCCCAGGCUGUGACUGAGAACUUCACACCAACAUCCUCUUCUGGUGUGGAUGUCGGAAGUGGUUCUGGAGGCUCGGGGGAAGGCAGGGGACCCUGUGCUGUGGACUGUGCCCUGGUCUCUGAGAGGAUAGACCUGCCCUCGAAAAUCCUCCACCAGAGGCCUGAUUCCAGAACCUCAGAGAACCCAGAGGAACUGGGAAGGCAGCAGCUGAGUGGUUGCAUGGCCUCCUCAAGUUCUCAAGCACGGGCCUGUGCCACCAGGAAGGGCAAGGCCGAGGGGAGCAGUGGGGAGCACAGGCUGGGUGGCAACCUGGACCAAGUAGUUGAGAGCACAAUGCAAGAAGAGGCAGUGCAGUUAGCAAAAAUAAUAGAAGAAGAAGAAAGAGCAGAAUUGCAAUGGGAAGCUGUCAGUGGAUUUCCAGAAGAGAAAAGGGCCGUGGGACAGGAAUUAUCAGGAGCUAGGUCUCAGGAAGAGGAGGGUGCACGGGACGAUGAGAGUGUGCAGGAAGAGGAAGCAGGAAGAGACCUUGUCUCUGCCAUGCUGCGCCCUGCAGGGAGGGGAGAGACAACGGCAGAGACCCUUGGGAGCCUCGUUGAGAGGGACUCAAAUGCCACUGGGAGUCAAAGUGGUCCCAACACUGAACCCUGUUUGGAGGAGCUGCCCAGAGCCACUGGGACAAGCCACGAGGAAACCCAGGCCAAGUCCGGCCAGCAGGCUGGAGAGAAGGGCUCUUCUGUGGCUCACAGGGUAUCUCUAGACCCUGACCCCCUCUGGGUGUCCAGUCUGCUGAGGAAGAUGGAGAAGGCCUUCAUGGCCCACCUGGCCAGCGCCACGGCCUCGCUCCGAGCCCGCUGGAGCCUGCAGGACCACAGCCUGCUGGACCAGAUGGUGGCUGAGCUGCAGCAGGAUGUUGGCCAGCGGCUUCAAGACAGCACCGUAAAGGAGCUGCAAAAGAUCCAGAGCCGGGCUGGGAGGAGGGCACCUGGGCCUCCCAGGGUAGCCCUCAGGUGGGAGACAUCCCAGCAGACAGAGCAGCGCAGGCAUCGCCUCCGGGGCCUGCGUAACCUCUCAGCCUUCUCAGAGCGGACCUGGGCCCCGGGCACCCCCUCCCUCUCCCUGGAGGACGUGCCAAACCUCAGUGGAGCUCUGGGGACCCAGCUGGAUGGCAAGGCCAAGGAGGAGGAGUUCUGUCCCUGCGAGGCCUGCCUGAGGAAGAAAGUGAUAUUGGCAUCCCCAAAGGACACAGUGGGCAUAGCCAGUCUACCUAUCAAAGAGGCCUUUGACCUGCAGCAAAUUCUGCAGAAGAAAAAAGGAGGGUGUGCUAGUGGGGAGACAGCAGGCAUGACCCCCAAGAAGACAGGGGUGGAGCUGCAUCAGAGGGACCCCUCGGGGACUGGGACUGUCCAGGGAGCUGAUGGAGGUCUGGAGCCAGAGUUAGGCUGGGGUGCCGGGGCCAAGGAGGGCGAUGAGGAUGAGGGCAGCCAGACCCUCAGCAGCGGCGAAGAUCCAGGAGGAGCAGAGGAAGAUGCAGCUGCUCAGAAGAGAGGAGGGAACACAGGCCCCCAUGCAGGCUGCCACCCAGAGGCGGCGGAAGCGGGGGAGUGGGGCAUGGGGCGCAGGGAAGGGGACCCAGAGGAGGGCUCUGGGGCCCGAAGUCCAGGUGGACAGAAUGAUGGUGCCGACACCGUAGAGGUCCAGAAAACCGAAGGAGAGGGACAGCCAACUCGGAGAAGAGAAAGUCAAGGUGAGAAACAGGCUGGCCCGAGGCGGGGCAAGUCGGGCAAGGCUUCUGGACACAGCAGCCCAGACCAAGAGAGGAGGCCCCCACCAGCCCCUGCCACAGGUGGAGACACCCGCGGCCAAACAGGCCAGAAAACAGGCCUCUCCUCGUCCAGAACAUCAUCUCUAGGAAACUGCUCUCAGGUCUCUCAGAAAGGCUCCGAAGAGGAGCCUUGGAAUGGAGGUAUGAGGACCUUUAGCGAUGAGCCCAAGGGAGUCCCUGGUUCAGAGAGAAAAGUCACAGACAUGUAUCCAGAAAGCUCCACCUCUGAGCAAGAAGGGCCCUCCUCGGGCUCCAGGACUCCAGAGCGAGGGACCGGUGAAGGUCUGACCCCUGAGCCCGGAGCAGGCCAAGGCUCUGACAUAGAAGCUGAGAAGGUGGUUAAACGUCUCUCUGGGGCAGAAAGGAGGCUUAGAAGCCUCACCAUGGACAGGACAGAUGGCUUUGGCCAAGACGAUUUAGAUUUCUAGAGAUCCAGCUGUGAGGUGCUCAUGAGUCCGGAGCUCUGUCUUGUCUCAUAUUUUGCCUACAGACCUGAGUGUGGCUCAGCCCCCUGGCAAUGUGUCAACGUGGGGGAAAGAUCAAAGGCGUGCAAAGGACGUGGCCACUCCAUGGUGUCCGGGAGCUUCCGAGGGCCGGCUGGCUCGCCA